AUGCCUAUUUACUUCCCAAACAGACACCUUUCCCCAUCUCAAAUCCUUUCUAAAGCCGAAGCCGAUAACAUCCCUUUUUCUCUUGAAGAAUUCCCAAACCUCCUUCACUUGUUCUCAAUCUCACAUGGCUCUCCACAAGCCAUAGCCAUGGAAAACACCCUCAAAGAAUGUGAGGUCAAGCCCAUUAAGGGUGAGACCAAGUUUUGUGCAACCUCAUUAGAAUCGGUCUACGACUUCACAAGUAAAAUCUUUGGAUUUGACACUCGUGUCAAAACUUUGGCAACAACCCACCUUAAACACUCAUCAGUUGGACUUUUGCAAAACUAUAAAGUGGUUGAAAUCUCACAAAACAUACCAUCUCCAAAGUUAGUAGCUUGUCACACCAUGCCAUACCCAUAUGCUGUGUUUUAUUGCCAUAGCCAAGAGAGCGAGAACAAGGUGCUUAUGGUUUCAUUAGAAGGUGAAGAUGGUGAUGUGGUUGAGGCACUGAGUGUUUGCCACAUGGAUACGUCUCAGUGGAGUCGUAAGCAUCCAUCCUUUAGCGUGCUUGGUGUCGAGCCAGGAACUUCAUCUGUUUGUCACUUCUUUCCUAGCGAUAACUUUGUCUUCAUACCUUUUUCUGCAACCAUGUAA